CUUCCUCGCCAGGGCAGGAAGUUACCGCUGCACAGGAAGCUGCGAAGUGAACGUCUACCUUCUUUCCCCAAGACGCGCCGCCCAACUGGGAAACUCCGGCGCUGCACAAGUCGGGUGUUUCCGCUUGGCUCUAAAAUGGAAGCCGAAACUUGAGCGAAAAGGUUGAGUUUUGGCUUAUCCUAGAGGGGAGAGAAAAGUGCGCCCCCCCCACGAAAGCCAGCGCGGAGGAAGAGAUGGGAAUGGAUGGAGACGUGUCCCUCGGCAGUGUUGGGGGUCCCUCGGCGGCUCCAGUGGCUUAUUAGCCACAUAGCAGCCUGUGUCAUCACCAGCUGGCAGACACGAGCUCCCGUCAUGCUGAACAACAGGACCCUGGACGAAUUUGCGGUGCCCGAGGAGGCUCAGGAGAUGUUGAUGCAACACCGUCCCCAAAUUGAGCGCCUCUUUCGGGUGGAGCUGAAUGUCCUGGGGGUGCUGGGAUCAGACCUUGAAGGAGCAAGAAAGAUCUGGUUGCAGCUACAGGGAAGCCAAGAGAACCUUCACCGGGCAAAGGAAUACAUCAAAGGUCUUUGUGCCCCAGAGCUUCAGGAGGAAAUACAGUAUCCUAAAGACAUGCAGUGCAUCUUCUUAGGUGCCCAUGGUUUAUUUCUGGACUGCCUCAUCCAAGGGACGUCUGCUAACCUUACUGUUCUCCACCCGGGCACCCUGUUGAUCUCAGGGUUGGCAGAAGCUUUUGUCAUGGCUCAGAGCCGGAUCCAGGAAUUUGUGGGAAAACACCAGAAGAACCCCAAGCUGCCAGAAGAACAGGAAGCUCAGGUCAAGCGGGCCUUCCGGGAGUUGGUGGAGACCUACGAUGACAAGCAUGCCAUGGAUCUUUUGAUCCUGCCCACCUCGGUCAAAGAGGAAUUGCUCAGUUUGGUCAAGGAGAUGCAGGAAGCAGCCACAGAGCAAGGGGCAAGGAAUGGUUACUGGACACUGUCUGGUUUUGGAAAGGACUGUUCACUGUUGUGGGAAACCAGCGCUGUGAAUAGUGGCAGACCUGGGUCUCCAAAUGGGCCUCAAGAGGUCUUUGGCAUACCUGCGGAGCUUAGUCGAGUCCAAGGACAGAAUAGAACCAGGGAUUCCAGCCCUGACUUGCCUGUGAGCUUUUCCAGGCCACAAGAAUCCCUUCACAAAGCUGAAGACUUGAUGCAACCACCAUACUCAUCUAGGCCUUGGGAUGCUAGGAAUGACUUGCCUAAUGUGGGUGCAAAGUCUCAAGACCAAAAGCAUCUUCAUGUGCCACGGGUUGACUUUUCAAGAAGUUCCGAUGAGGCCAAAUUGCACACUAAACCUCAGGAGCGUCUGUCUGACUUGAAUGGUCCUCAGCAUUGGCUUGAGGCAAUGCUCACUAAGAACUCUGGGCUUCCCAAAAGUUCCCCUAAACCAAUCCCAGCUACCUCUAAGACUCAGAUUCUACCUGAAUACACAGGCGUCACAGAAUGUUUGGAGAAUCAUCAAACAGAAGGAAAGAAUACCCUUUGGGCAAGGGAAUUGAGCCCCAUUAGUUUGCCUGAGGAAACCAGUGAGGAGGAGGCAUCAUCUGACAUUUUGCUGUCAUCGUGGACUGAAAAAGAGUUCAAAAUGAGGCUAAACUUCUUUAAAACCAUGGGCUAUGAGGAGCAUGUGGUCAAGAAGAUACUAUUGGAGGGUGGAGUUCAGGAAGCCCCUUCAACCAUCUUGGACAGGGUCCAGAUGAUAGAGGCAGGCUUGUCUCAAAAAGAAGACAUCUCCCCCUCCCAGAAAGAGCCUGGAGGGAGAGGUCUCUCUGCGCUGACACUGGAAGAAACUCAUGAUGAAGACAAUUAUUUCAGGGAACUGAUCAAAACAGCAGUGGUCAGUUGUGGCCACUCACCCAGCAAGAUCCCCACAGAAAUACAAACAGGAGCGCCAUUGGCAGGUCUCCUAAGGCAGCUCAAUGAGGAAGGGGAACACCAAGAUGAAGGGGAGAGUGCAAUAGGGGUUUCAACAACAAAGCCAGAACAUGGAGUCCAGCUUGGCAUCCAGAUGGCAACUACCUUGAAUCAUGGGGAAUCUUCUCAGCAGAGGACUUAUCCAGAGGCAAGGUGGAAUGGUGGACUUUCGAAUCAUAAGGGUGUCCAUGUUUCAGCAAGUAAUCCUGGAGUUUCUGCUUUGUUUCCUAAUACUUCUCCUAGUGCUAAUUUUCUGUUCUCUGAAUUGGAUUCUGAGGGCACCCAGUCAACAGAAAGCACCAGCAUGGAAGCUCUUCACCAGGGUUCUGUUUCUACAGUAACUGGAGCUCAGCGCUUUGAGGAGUCUCUCCAGACUGAGUUCAAGCUCAAGUUGGCCAACACACCCGGGAAGAAGAAUUUGCGGAUGAUCAUCAUUGAUGGUAGCAAUGUGGCCAUGAUGCAUGGUCUGAACCAGUUCUUCUCAUGCCGAGGAAUUGCCCUAGCUGUGCAACAUUUCUGGGACCGAGGGCACCGCGAAGUGAACGUCUUGGUGCCUGCUUUUCGAAUGGAAGAAGAUUCUAAUGUGAGAGAGCGGCACUUUUUGACUGAGCUUCACAACCUCAGCAUCCUCUCCCUUACGCCAUCACGAAAAAUCGAUGGGAAAGGCAUCGUCCCGUAUGAUGACAGAAUGAUGCUGAAACUAGCAGAACAGACCAAUGGUGUUAUUGUCACCAAUGACCAGUUCCGGGACCUAGCCAAAGAGUCAAAGAGGUGGAUCAAGAUCAUUAAAGAGAGCCUGUUGCAGUACACGUUCGUGGGGAAUAUAUUUAUGGUUCCGGAUGACCCCUUGGGGCGAAGUGGCCCUACCUUGGCAGACUUCCUGAAGAAAAAAACGAGAGUCAAGAGUUCUGAUUGUCACUCCUUUAGUGGCCACCCAGCCCCUGUAUCCACACCAGCACGCCCUGUCUCGCAGACAGAGGUCCUUCAACUCCGGGACAGGAGACCUCCUGCCGGCUCACCUGGGGACCACAGGAGAGGUCGGCAAGACAGCCCCGUUGCGGAGGAGAAAUUUCGCUCUACAGAAGAGACUGAGUGGCUGAGGAGCAAGCUUUUGGAGAUUUUUGAGGGACAAGACAGAAAAGUGGACUUUGUGCUCAUCAGAGAACCUUGCUGCCAAGACCUUAACAAGCUUUCAGAGGUUAUUCUCAGCUUUACUUUCUGAGCCAGCCAGUGGAUGAUUCCCUCUCUGUUCUGCCCCCAAAAGGAGAUCUUUUGUUGCAC